AUUAAACUAAUAAUUUUUGCCUUCUUAAUGCAUUAAUGCUUGACUGUUGAUAUUGAUCCCAAUACAUUCAGUAAUUAUUUGGAUGUGAGAAUGAAUCAUCUACAUGUGGAGUGGCUGUUGGACCUUGACAAAAAAAUUGUUAAUGGCACAGCCUAAAUUUCCUUCAAGUUUCUAAAACACACCAAUUAUAUUGAUUUGGAUGUAUAUCAACUGAGCAUCUUAAAUGUGUACUUAGUCAAUGGAAAUACACUUAAACAUGAAAUCCAAGUCGUCAAAGAAUAAUCUUUAAUUCAAGGCGAUAGAUUGCAUAUAGUGUUGGAUAGAGAUUACAACCCUUUAGAAAACAUAAUAUUAAAAAUUAAAUAUGCAUAUGAUGAAAGAGCCAGAGCAGUUGGUUUCCUUACUAAAGAAUAAACUCACAGCAAGAAAGUUCCAUACAUGUUUACUCAAUGCGAAACCAACAAUUGCCGUUCAAUCAUACCUCUACAAGAUACUCCCAGUGUCAAAUUUACUUUCACUGCAACGGUGAUAAGCACCAAUCCUUUAAUCAAGGCAUUUAUGACAGGAGAAUAAAUUGCAUCAUUGCCUUUAAUCGGACAAUACGGAUUGGAAUCCACAUUUUAUACAUAUUCAUUUUAAUUGAAUAUUCCAAUCCCAGCAUAUUUGAUAGGUAUAGUGGCAGGAGAGAUCGAAUAGAAACAUAUUGGAGCUAAUUGCUAUGUGAUUUCAGAGCCUUUUUAUUUGGAUGAUUAUGCAAAAGAAUUAGAUGAAUUGCCAUUCUUUAUUGAAAAAAUGACAGAUUACAUAGGUCCUUAUAUUUGGGGAGAUUAUAAAAUAGUCAUAUUGCCUUAAUCAUUUCCUUUUGGUGGAAUGGAACACCCAUUAUUAACCUUCGCAAGUCCAGUCAUUAUUGUUGGUGAUAAAAGUGGAGUUGGCACUGCUGUUCAUGAGAUAGCUCAUUCUUGGAUGGGUAAUACAGUCACAGGAAACAAUUGGUCCAAUAUGUGGAUCAUGGAAGGAUUUUGUGUCUUUUUAGAAAGGAAAACAUACAAGUAUGUGAGACCCCAAGAUUAUGACAUCAUUGAAGCCAUCAAUGGAAACUUUAAUUUAAUAUCAGCCAUUCAAGGUUUAACUGAUCCUGAUGAAAAAUCAUAUUAAACAUUGCAUCCCAUCACAAGUUGGAAGAACCCUGAUGAUUCCACUUCCUCAGUCCCUUAUGAAAGAGGAUAUCAACUAUUGUAUUACUUAGAAUAAUUGAUUGGAGAAGAAAACUUUAAAUUUAUGUUAAGGCAAUAUUUAGAUCAUUUUAAGUUUUAGAGCAUUGAUGAAGAUGAUUUCUAUAAAUUCUUAUUAGAUUGGGUUAGGUCAAAUGUGAAAGUCAAUACUUAAAAAAUAAUAGAUGAUAUCGUCGCUGUCUACAAACCUUGGGUUUAUUAAUAAGGAUUGCCUCCAAAAACUAUCGAAUUCAAAACUCCAAAGUAUGAUGAAGCUGUAGCUUUGGCCAAUAAAUGGAUUAACCAAGGGAAACCAGCAAAUGCAGAUGACUACAUCAAUUAUAUGCCCAAUCAAAAAAUGAUCUUCAUGCAACAAAUCUUAGAUAACUACACUAAAUUAAACCACCAAAGACUUAAAGAAUUAGAUGACUAUUAUAAGUUAUCAGGAACCAAAUCUGGUCCAAAAAUAGCCUUUAAGUGGUAUAAGACUGUCAUUCUUUCCAAAUAUGAUCCUGGACUUGAAGCAGUUCAUGGAUUUUUAUAAAGUUUAGGAGUGAGAUCCUAUGUUGUUGGUACAUAUGAAGUACUGAUCCCAAAUUAUCCAAACGAAGCUGAUGCCUGGUUUGCUUAAGAUAAAUGGUCAUACCAUCCAUUGGUUGCCAAUAGAGUUGAGGAUAUGUUGAAAAAAAAAAUGAGGGGUGCUCACAUAACAUAAUGAUUCAUAUAUCAAUACAAUAUAUA